AUGCUUGAGCGUCUUGCAGGUCAUAGUCAUUAUUGCUUCUUGGAUGGAUACUCUGGAUACAAUCAAAUUGCCAUAUCUCCGGAAGAUCAAGAAAAGGCCACCUUCACCUGUCCAUUUGAUACGUUUGCUUAUAGGCGUAUGCCUUUUGGUUUAUGUAACGCACCUGCCACUUUUCAAUGUUGCAUGAUGUCCAUUUUUUCUAAUAUGGUGAAGGAGAUAAUAGAGGUGUCAAGAAUGCAAUUUAGUACUCCAUUGGGAGAAGUGUCACUUCAUGGUACAGCAGGGUAUUGUAUUAGGUAA